GAGGAGGAGCGUCAAACAGGAAGACGCGAGGAAUCACUGAAUGCGCAGAUUCUCUGUAGUCAAAUCCGCAGAUCACAUUCAGCGAUGUAUCGGCUUCGGCUUUGGCACACGUUUGCUCUCUUUUAUUUGCCCUUUUUAGGGAGCGCCGUUGAUUUUAAAACGCGGACCGGACCGAAAGUCACCGAGAAGGUGUUUUUUGACAUCACAGUAGGUGGGCAUGAGGUUGGCAGGAUCGUGAUUGGUCUGUUCGGGGAGGUCACUCCUCUGACUGUGCAGAACUUUGUGGCACUUGCCACAGGAGAGAACGGUUACGGGUAUAAAGGCAGCAAGUUCCAUCGUGUUAUCAAAGAUUUCAUGAUUCAAGGAGGAGAUUUCACCGCUGGAGAUGGCACGGGCGGUAAAAGCAUCUAUGGCAACACAUUUGCUGAUGAGAACUUCAAGCUGAAGCACCUCGGUGCAGGUUGGGUCAGUAUGGCGAAUGCUGGGCCCGACACCAACGGCUCCCAGUUCUUCAUCACAUUAGCCAGAGCUCCAUGGCUAGAUGGCAAGCAUGUCGUUUUUGGCAAAGUCCUGGAGGGCAUGUCUGUUGUUCACACCAUUGAACUGCAGGACACAAACGAUCGGAACCUGCCGUACACCGAGUGUGUGAUCGUCAAUAGUGGAAAGAUUAAGGUCAAGGAGCCUUUUGUUGUUGAAGUGGAGGGCUGGUAAAAAUCAUUAUUUACCUCCACAACACAACAGACUGGAACAAUCAUACAGUUAUCUUUGUGCACACGUGUUAGUCAAGUUAAAAUAUGUGUUUGUUAUUGGUAACAGUGUUGCUUUAGGAGUUGUGCUGUAACUGUCAGUGUUUUUAUGAUGUUUCCUCCCUCAUAUUAUCAUUAGAUCAUUAUCUUAAGCACUAUGCAGACACUUUUCUACAGAGAAGUUACAUAUCUCAUGUCAUUUCAUAAAGAUAAUGUUACUCUAUGUGCAAAUGUCUAUAUGUACUCCAAUAACUGUAGCUCUUCUCACUGCUCAGCACUUUAUAACUAGCAGAGAUCAGUCUGAAAUUUCAGAAAUGGCAUUCGAUGCUUAUUAUUGACACAGUUUAACAAUCCCAGCACUGCCAUAACGGCUACAUACUUGAAUUUAGUUGAUGGCUUUAAAUGUUGUUAAUAGUCUCUAUUAGAAUAAGCUAUGUUCUGUUCUAAAAGAAGAGAUGCAAACUGGGUUCAUUUGAUUCUCACAGUCUGUUUACAAACUCUGUUUAUACGGUUGUUUCACAGCCUGUUGUUUUGUUGGUUUUCAAUAAUGAACUGGAUGCAUUCACUGUUUGAGAGUGUGGACUUUACUAACAGCAUAUCGAGGCUGAUAUAUUCAUAAAAUCGUCAUGAGAUUUUGCUGCUGUCUCACAAUAAAGUACUUCAAUCCUGAA